CGACAGCCUGGGUCGCCCACUGGCCGAGGCAGAAUCUGUUCAGCACUCUCGGGAUGACAGGACAGGCAAAUCAAACCACCCUUAGCCGAGGACAUGAUAAACUAGUCUGUUAACUAGCUAAGAUAGUUAGUUUAUGGCUAACUAUGCAAACCAAGAUUAUAACAUAGCGUUGGUUUGUUGAAGAUAGGGUCGUUAUAGAAAUACUUUUGGAGUUAAGGCUAACUUUACGUUAGCAAAACCACCAUUUGCUAGCUAAUGUUAAAUCUGAUAAAGCAUUCAAGUAAACGUAGCUAGCUAACGCAUAACAUAUUUGAUGUGGUCUGACGACUGUAUCGUAACGUAAGAUAAUAUUUACGGAGAAAACAGCGGUUGGAAAGUUUAACUCAGAGUCGAGAAAUCAUGGCGCCGAUGCUGUUUGAUUCGACAGCAUAUGCAGAGGAGCAGUUUUGACUCUGGGCUGUCAACAAGCUCGCUGACGUUAGCUAUCCUGGCUAGCCAGCUAGCUUUCUAGCUAUCAUGGCCAAAAUAGAAAACGGCCGUCAAUCAGUGGACACAAGGAGUAUCCGGACUAUUAACAGCAGUCACAUAGACGAUGAAAGCUCUUUGGGGUCCGACUCGGAGAUCAACGGCUUCACCAGCGACAGACAAACCGACAAAUAUGGAUUUAUUGGUGGGGCACAGCAGUGCUCGGAGGCGUCAGCCCAGGAUGUGCCUCCAGAGGUGCUCAGGCAGAGGGAGGUGAAGUGGCUGGACAUGCUCAACCACUGGGACAAGUGGAUGAUCAAGAGGUUCGAUAAGGUGAGACUGCGGUGUCAGAAAGGAAUCCCUCCUGCCCUCCGAGGCCGCGCAUGGCUCUACCUGUCCGGGGGGAAGGUGAAGAAAGAGCAGAACCAAGGAAAGUUUCAGGAGCUGGAUAGCCAGCCAGGUGACCCCAAAUGGCUUGAUGUGAUUGAGAAAGACCUCCAUAGACAGUUUCCUUUCCAUGAGAUGUUUGUGUCACGGGGAGGACACGGGCAGCAGGACCUGUUUCGUGUUCUUAAAGCCUACACUCUCUACAGACCAGAGGAGGGAUACUGCCAGGCUCAGGCUCCCAUUGCUGCUGUGCUGCUCAUGCACAUGCCUGCUGAGGAUGCCUUCUGGGGGCUGGUCCAAAUUUGUGAGAAGUACCUUCCUGGCUACUACAGCCCUGGCCUGGAAGCUAUACAGUUAGAUGGAGAGAUCCUGUUCGCUCUGCUGCGACGUGUCUCCCCGUUAGCCUUCCGCCAUCUGGAGAAACACAAGAUCGACCCCAUCCUCUACAUGACUGAAUGGUUUAUGUGUGCCUUCUCCCGAACGCUGCCUUGGGCCUCCGUGUUGCGUGUCUGGGACAUGUUCCUCUGUGACGGAGUCAAGGUAAUCUUCCGUGUGGGUUUGGUGCUGCUGAAGUGCAUGCUGGGGACCCGGGAGAAGCUGAAAGCCUGCCAGGGCCAGUAUGAGACCAUGGAGCUUCUCAGGGCCAUAGAGCCUCGAUACAUGCAGGAGGGCUUCCUCGUCCGAGAAAUUCUGGAGGUGCCAGUGACCGCGCGAGACGUGGAAAGAGAGCAUCACACCCAGCUGAAGCGCUGGAAGAAGAACCGCGGAGAGCUGAAUUUCAAACCGCCUCCGAGGAUGCACGGCGCACGGCUCAUCAUGCUGGCCGAGCCGCCCAGGCGCCAGGACCUGAAGCAGAACCCCACCAUUGUGCUAGAGGGGCCUCAGCCUGCCACGCAGCUGAAGGGCAAGGAGGAGAAGAAAAGCAAGAAGAAGAAGAGCGUUAAGAAAUCCCAGCCCAUUGCGGAGAUCCCUAACCCUUAUCCUCUUCCAAACGACCCUCAGCCUCCACGCCUAGACCCACCUGCCCCACCUCCAGUCAGGAACGAGACACCAGAGGCCGCGCCACAGACUGAGACAGACUCACUUCACCAGCAGCAAGCGCCUCCUACAGAUCUUCCCCCUGCUAAAGAAUCUAAUCUCCAGCGAUCCACACAAAGCCUUAGCAGCACAGAGCAGGAUACAUACCUGUAGCUCCACAGCAGUCAGUGUGUGUGUGUGUGUGUGUGUGAGUGUGUGUGUGUGUGUGUGUGUGUGUGUGUGUGUGUGUGUGUGUGUGUGUGUGUGUGUGUGUGUGUGUGUGUGUGUGUGUGUGUGUGUGUGUGUGUGUGUGUGGUCGAAGCACCAGCACCCUUCAGCCAAUGACCAGCUGGCUUUGCCAAGGUCUCUGACUGGCCAGCGCCACUAUUAUUCCAGUGUUUUUGACUGUUUUGUAUUCACUUAUUCAUUUUAGACACCAUUUUGCCUAUGAUAUUAUUGGUAUACACUAAAGCAUCAUUGCUAAGUGUAAAAUUAUGUUGAUGCUUUUACGCCACUUCUCCACGUGAAGCUGAUGUUAUAUCUCCUCUUAAUGCUUGAUGCUUUUAUUCAGACCGUAAGUUUUAGUAUCCUGUUUACAAGGGAGACACGUUACUGAGUUUUUGGGAGCAAAGUCGUUUCUUCAGACGAGCGCAGUUUAAACAGAACUUAAGGAACAAUAAGGUGCCAUAGCUUAUGCAGUUUUUCUAUACAUUUCCUCUCUAAUCCAACACUAUUGAGUUCACCUGUAAUACUGUGCAGCAGUGGAUAUAAACUGCUGAUUUAAAGUCGGUUCUUUUCAACUUCAUUAGGGGUUUUGUGCACCAGAGGGCAGCCUCGCAGACGGCACGAGGCUGUUCCAGCCAUGAUUCCUGUUUCAUUACAUUACAGUAAAGCUGAUAACAGCAGGGAUGGGAUUCCUUCAUGGAUUCACUCCGUUUGGGAGGUGUUUUUUUUCCUGAGAUUGAGCUUACGUUUUUUUUUUUUUUUUGGCCUAGUAGGGAAACUUUUGCAUGUUGUGUUUCACUUUCUGACAUUUUGGACUGAACAAAUCUGAUCUUCCUGAAUCAGUCAAAUUGAGUCAUGAGCACAAUGUGGCAUGACUCACUUUCACUGAUCUUCCUGAAUCAGUGAAAUUGAGUCAUUCCACAUUGUGCUCAUGCGAGUCUUUUUCUACAAGCACUAUUUAUUUAAGGAACGGUUUAAACCUGAAAUCGGUUGUUUGUGUGCACGCCCUGCUAGUGCAAAAAUGGUCACAUUUUUUCAUCGUCCGUUUAAUUGAUGUGGUCUGACUCUGUAUAAACUGUAAUCCUCACUGUGCCAGGCACUUCCAGCCACUUUAGAGCAGCAGUAAUUCAUGUUACUCGGGCAGCAGAGAGGAGAACACUGGACAUUCCUCACUGUAUGACACAUUCCUGCCUUGUUAAAAGCUAAUCAGUCUAAGAGCUGUCUCUCUGCCAAAUGCAAAUCUGUGUAAUGUAUGUAUUUAUCCAUGUGUUUCCUGUCACAACUGGGACAGUGAGUGAUUGCAAAUCACCUAAUGGUGCUGACCUUCCACUUGGCAUAGCUCAAGUAUCUAGUUGGGGGCCAAGCAGUUCUUACUGUGCAGUAUGAUGUGUCCUUUUUUUUCUUUUUUUUUUUUUCUUCGCUAGAAUUUCCAAAGCAAAUCAAGACUGUUGUGAGACGAUCGCUACCUGUGAGCAGGCUCAUUCCAUUAGUCGAGCCGCGGGAUCAUGAGAUUUCAAGAUUUAUUGGGAUAUUUGUCACAUUGCCCUCAUGAGCACCUGCCUCAUCUCUUUGGGAAAUAUGGAGACGAGCAGGGGUUGUGAGGCUAUUUCUUAGGACAAUCUUCUUUUUGUGACUGUCCAAGUUUCAUUGCAAACAACAAACGAUAAAGGGAGUUUUGACAAGCAUAAGCACACAUAUGUGGGAUGUGUUUGUGUGUAUAAUUAAUAUUAAAAAAAAAAGUCCGCUUAAAAAGCUAAAUGUAGGUCAGUUAUUAAAAAAACCAAUGGGGUUUAAAAGCAUAACACAUUUUCAAGCAGUCACUUGCCUGUAUGCAGUAGUUUUUUAGUUGCUUGUAUUA